GAGAGAGAGAGAGAGAGGGAGAGGUGGGGGGAGACAGCGGAUGGUAGUCGGAACUGGGACUUUCAGGCAGUCCUGAGCGAAGAUGGCCUCGCCAAGGACAGUGACCAUCGUGGCUCUUUCUUUUGCGCUCGGCCUCUUUUUUGUUUUCAUGGGAACCAUUAAACUGACACCGAGACUGAGUAAAGAUGCCUACAGUGAGAUGAAAAGGGCAUAUAAGAGUUAUGCUAAGGCCCUGCCAGGCUUGAAGAAGAUGGGCAUCACCUCAGUGCUUCUCCGCAAAAUCAUUGGUACUCUUGAAGUGGGAUGUGGAGUGGUUCUGACACUCGUACCAGGGAAACCAAAGGACGUAGCCAACUUCCUCCUGCUGCUGGUCAUGCUAGCCGUGCUCUUCUUCCACCAACUGGUCGGAGAUCCUCUGAAACGCUAUGCCCAUGCCUUGGUCUUUGGCAUUCUCCUGACCUGCCGACUCCUGAUCGCACGCCAGAGCGAAGACCGGCCUGAGAGAGAGGAAAGAAGAGAGGAGCAGAUCAAUGCCCAGGAAAAGAAUAAAGUCAAAGUUUCGUAGCUUCUUCAUUUAUGACUGCAGUAGCUGCAGGAAGAGGCAUGAACGUUUUCUGAUUAGCAGAUACAGAGAUACAAAAAAAAGACAGUAGCCACAAAAAUGACUUCCAUCCUUCAUCCGCACACAAGCUGUCCCAGAGUAUGCAUCCUGAUUUUAGCCUUCUGUUUGAAAAAACAUGUCCUGCACACUGACCCUAUCAGUAAAUAAUGUCUGCUGUGUUGAGCUCAGCUCAGCGGCAGAUCAGACUCCUAUUGCCCUUGUUAGUUCUGCUCUCAUUUUUUAUGCUUACAGUUUAUUUAACUAUGACCUGUGAAAUACCAUAAUUAAUGUGACACUGUACUAUCAGCUUUGGUUAGAAGCUGGUUAUUACUGAUCCUUUAUGGACAUGUGAUUUCUGUUUUCAGCACCCUGGACUGAUAAUUGUUCGUAAACUGUACAAAAUGCUUCGUUUGAAAAUGGAAAGAAAGUCACAUCUUGGAAGACGCUGGUCAUGCUUGAUUUCUGCUGUUUUUUUUUCCAGUAUCAUACAGUUGUCCUCUCUUGUUGUCCAUCAGACAGUUUCAGUGCAUGAUAAUCCAGUGGUUACUCCGAUACAGAUGAACCACUAAUUGAUGAAAAUGUAAUCUUGUUUGUUCAUCUCCCCAUGAUAUGUUUCAUUUUUGUACAAGGUAUGCUGUUUGUCUUUGUUAAUACAGGAUGUUUUUAUUAUUGUUAUUAUUUUUUAUAAAAGGCAGUUUCACCAGUGCUGCAUCUUGCCUUUCUUUUAUCACAUAUGAUUUAUUAGUGUCACUUGUAAGAGAUUGUCCAAUAAAGAUUUCCUGACCCGUAAGAGUUUA